UAAAGUUACAAUAAUCACAUUGUAACUGUAACAAGUAACUGCAUGUUAUUUAAAAUUUAGAAUUUUCUCACAGAUACAAUAAGUUUUAUAAUACAUUCGAAAUGUCUUGCGCUACUUAUGAAACUUACGUUUCGCCAUUAUCUACAAGAUACGCUUCUAAAGAAAUGAAGUAUAAUUUUAGCGACAAAAAAAAAUUCACUACCUGGAGAACUCUUUGGAGUUUGUUAGCCCAAGCUGAAAAGGAACUUGGUUUGGAUAUAACUGACGAACAGGUUAAAGAAUUACGAGAUAAUAUUGAAAAUGUCGACUUUGUGGCUGCCGCCAAUGAGGAAAAACUCACUCGACAUGAUAUUAUGGCUCACGUGCAUACAUAUGCCCAGUGUUGCCCAACGGCAGCGCCUAUCAUCCAUCUAGGAGCCACAUCAUGUGAUAUAGGGGACAAUGCUGACCUGGUAGUAAUCAGAGAUGCUUUUGAAAUUCUUCUACCAAAACUAGCUGGUUGUAUAAAGGCUCUAGCUGAAUUUGCUAACAAACAUAAAUCUUUGGCUACUCUAGGUUUUACUCAUUUUCAACCAGCUCAGUUGACAACUGUUGGGAAAAGAGCGUGUUUAUGGCUUCAAGACUUGUUGUUAUGUGAAAAAACUUUAAGUCGAGUAUGUAGUGAUCUUAAAUUUCGAGGAAUCAAAGGAACUACUGGAACACAGGCAUCAUUUUUACAACUUUUUAAUGGUGAUUAUGAAAAAGUAAGAAUGUUGGAUGAAAAAGUUACUAAUUUUGCUGGAUUUCAAUCGUCUUACUCUGUAACUGGUCAAACAUAUCCUAGAAUAGUUGAUGCAGAAGUCGUUUCAUCUUUAAGUAUGCUUGGAUCUGCUGCUCAUAAAUUGUGUACUGAUUUGAGAUUGUUGGCUGGCAUGAAUGAAAUUGGUGAACCCUUUGAAACAACUCAAAUUGGUUCCAGUGCAAUGGCCUACAAGCAAAAUCCAAUGAGAAGUGAAAGAGUAUGUUCUAUUGCUCGUUAUUUGAUGAAUUUAGUUAAUAAUCCAUUGAAUACUGCAUCAGUUCAAUGGUUAGAGCGUACAUUAGAUGACAGCGCAAACAGACGUCUUUGUUUAUCAGAGGCAUUUUUAGCUGCUGAUAGUAUAAUGUUGACAUUACAAAAUAUCCUCGAAGGAUUGACUGUAUUUCCUAAAGUUAUUUCAAGAAAUAUUGAUAAAGUAUUACCAUUCAUGGCAACAGAAAAUAUUAUCAUUGCAAUGGUAAAAGCUGGUGGAGAUAGACAAGUUUGUCAUGAAAAAAUUCGUAUUUUGUCAUUGGAAGCCGCCAAUACUGUUCGUGUUGAAGGUCAAGAUAAUGAUCUCUUAGAUCGAGUAAUGAAAGAUCCAUAUUUUUCUCCAAUACUAGAUCAGCUGCCACAACUUUUAGAUCCAUCAACAUUUAUUGGAUGUGCUCCUAAUCAAGUGAAAUAUUUUUUGGAAGAAGAAGUGAAUCCAAUUGUUAACAAAUAUGUUUCUAAAAUUAAAACAACAGCUACAACAUUAGAAAUUUAAUGUGCUGAAAUACUUUUUCAAUACCUAUCAAUAUAUAUUAAUUUUGUGAAAUUGUAUUUUUAAUAUCUAGUUGCAUUUUAUUAUUACCUUAUUAAAGAAAAAGUUUAUGUAGUUUUAUAUGAUGUAUUAGUCUAAACUAAAAAAUUUAUUUAAUUUUAAAAUUCUAUUAUCAUUGUUAAAAAAUUAUAUUUUAAAUAUAAUUCUACUAUUACUACUACUA